CUCUCCCACAGUACCAAACCGUCUCCCUCCCUCCGAUUCAAAUUCUGCAAAACCUCCCAAGAACACCGCCACAGUUCUUCUUCACACCCAAAACCCUAGCUUUUAUUCCCUAGGGUUUCUUUUCUUCUCCAUAUUAUCUGAUAUUUCCCUGAAAAAGUUGAUCCAACAUCGUGUAUUCGUUUUUGCUGGGGUUUCAAUUCUUGUUAAAAAGUUCAAGAAUGGAUCUUUCUCAAGAAACCGAAGACUUCCUUCGAGAAUCGGUGGAAUAUACCCUCGGCUUGCCGGUCUCGACUCAGACUCUGCAAUUAAAGCUUCGCGCCGCGGAAGAAGCCCAAUAUCAUCUUCGCAAUCAGUAUCUUCAUCUCCAAUCGAAACUCAGAGAAAAAGAUGAAAUCAUCGAGCGAGCUAGGGCGGAGGCUACUCUGAAUGCGCAGGCGUUGAAGAAAUUUGUGGAGGAGAAUCAGAAGUUGGCAAUGGAAUGUGCCAAUUUGUUGGGGCAGUGUAAGAGGUGGGAGAGAGAGUGCUCGUUGUAUGAUCACGAUCGCGAGGCAUUGAUGGAUUUUGGAAAUGAGGCGGAUGAGAGAGCUAAAGAGGCUGAGGUUCGAGUUCAUGAGUUGGAAGACGAGGUGAAGACGUUAUCAGAGGAAUUGCAAUUUUACAAGUAUCAGUAUGAUGAACAAUCGGUUGGUACAUCAGGAGAGGCCGCAGCGACAGAACAAAUGUUACUUGAGUCACUAUUGGCUUCUGCACUUGGAAAAGACAAUGUCAUGUCAACAGCGCGUUCAUUUCUAGAAGCUAAUCGUGGAGUUGAUGUGUUUGAAAGGAUGUUGAGCCUGUGGAAUAGCUUGAGACCGUCAACACAGAAGGUGUUAGCUUUGGUGGCUGAGUUGACGAGUUUGGAGAAACACAAGGAACAUUUAAGAGUCAACCUUGAUAGGGCUGAGGAGGAGGUGAAGGUGUUGUUUGAAGAAAACAACAUCCUGGAUGAGGAGAACAAAAAGUUAAUGAGGCAACUCCACAGAGAACGAAAUCUACAUGGCUCUGGCGGAAAACAUUCUGGCAGCGUUUCUUCAAAGGGUAACAAGAGAAAGUCCAGCCGCAAGAUGUGCAGCCAAGUUGAGAAGAAAAUUGAUUUCGGUGAUGCUGAUUCACUAAGACAACCAUUAUCACCUUUGCAACAGUACUCGCCUGAAAGCAGGAUGCACAAAAAGUAGCAAACAUACUCUGUUUCUCGACAAUGUUGUUGCAAUUUUUUUUUUUUGCCUUUAUUUAGUAAAAUCUCUUUGUGAUUCUAUUGUAUCAGAAAUACCGUUCAUCUUACUAAAAUGUGUUUCAAUGAACCUAUUCAUACUUGAUAAAUCACAUGCUUGUAAAGUUAUUUUUUUCUGUCCUAAACAAAAUUUUUUUUAA